AUGCACAGGGAGGCCAUUGUUAUCUUCACCACCUUGUCUGGCUCCAAGCAUAUGGUGGACCUGAAAACUCUCAACCUUUUUGCAAGAAUGCCAAAUGCAUUCUCUACGAAAAGGAGAGGAAGAGAUGGAAUCAAAUGUCACCGCUGUCAGCACUGUGACAAAUCCUUCACAAGAUGUGGAUCUUUGAAGAUUCAUCAGAGAGUUCACACUGGAGAGAAACUGUACAGGUGUGAACUGUGUGGGAAAACUUUCACUGCAUCAGGUCACCUAAAACACCACCAACGUGUUCACACUGGAGAGAAACCAUACUGGUGUGAUCAGUGUGGGAAAACUUUCACUGCAUCAAGUGACCUGAAAACACACCAACGUGUUCACACUGGAGAGAAACCGUACAGGUGUGACCAGUGUGGGAAAGCUUUCACUACAUCAGGUAACCUAAAAAAACACCAACGUGUUCACACUGGAGAGAAACCAUACAGCUGUGACCAGUGUGGGAAAACUUUCACUGUAUCAAGUGACCUGAAAACACACCAACGUGUUCACACUGGAGAGAAACCGUACUGGUGUGAACAGUGUGGAAAAACCUUUUCUCGAUCAGGUGCCCUGCAAAACCACCAACGUGUUCACACUGGAGAGAAACCUCACUGGUGUGAACAGUGUGGAAAAACCUUCGCUACAUCAAGUCACCUAAAAAUCCACCAACGUGUUCACACUGGAGAGAAACCGUACUGGUGUGAACAGUGUGGAAAACGUUUCGCCCAAUCAGGUACCCUAAAAAUUCACCAACGUGUUCACAACAGGAGAAAAUGUCACCGCUGUCAGCACUGUGACAAAUCCUUCACAAGAUGUGGAUCUUUGAAGAUUCAUCAUAGAGUUCACACUGGAGAGAAACUGUACAGGUGUGAACUGUGUGGGAAAACUUUCACUUCAUCAGGUCACCUAAAACACCACCAACGUGUUCACACUGGAGAGAAACCGUACUGGUGUGACCAGUGUGGGAAAACUUUCACUGCAUCAGGUAACCUAAAAAUACACCAACGUGUUCACACUGGAGAGAAACCAUACAGCUGUGACCAGUGUGGGAAAACUUUCACUACAUCAGGUGACCUGAAAACACACCAACGUGUUCACACUGGAGAGAAACCGUACAGGUGUGACCAGUGUGGGAAAGCUUUCACUACAUCAGGUAACCUAAAAAAACACCAACGUGUUCACACUGGAGAGAAACCAUACAGCUGUGACCAGUGUGGGAAAACUUUCACUGUAUCAAGUGACCUGAAAACACACCAACGUGUUCACACUGGAGAGAAACCGUACUGGUGUGAACAGUGUGAAAAAACCUUUUCUCGAUCAGGUGCCCUGCAAAGCCACCAACGUGUUCACACUGGAGAGAAACCUCACUGGUGUGAACAGUGUGGAAAAACCUUCGCUACAUCAAGUCACCUAAAAACUCACCAACGUGUUCACACUGGAGAGAAACCGUACUGGUGUGAACAGUGUGGAAAACGUUUCGCCCAAUCAGCACACCUGGACAUUCAUCAGAGAGUUCACACUGGAGAGAAACUGUACAGCUGUGACCAGUGUCGGAAAACUUUUACUCAGUCAGGUAGCCUAGAAGUCCACAGACGUAUUCACACUGGAAAGAGACCAUACAGAUGUGACCAGUGUGGGAAAACUUUUACUCAGUCAGGUAGCCUAGAAGUCCACAGACGUAUUCACACUGGAAAGAGACCAUACAGAUGUGACCUGUGUGGGAAAACUUUUACUCAGUCAGGAAGCCUAGAAAUCCACAGACGUGUUCACACUGGAGAGAAACCGUACAGCUGUGAUCAGUGUGGGAAAGCUUUCGCUAGAACAGGUGACCUGGCAAAGCACCUGCGUGUUCACACUGGAGAGAAACCGUACAGCUGUGACCAGUGUGGGAAAGCUUUCGCUACAACAGGUGACCUGGCAAAGCACCAGCGUGUUCACACUGGAGAGAAACCGUUCAGCUGUGACCAGUGUGGGAAAGCUUUCGCUACAACAGGUGACCUGGCAAAGCACAGGCGCAUUCACACUGGAGAGAAACCAUACUGGUGUGACCAGUGUGGGAAUGCUUUCACUACAUCAAGUGGCUUGGUAAAGCACAGACGCGUUCACACUAGAGAGAAACCGUACUGGUGAACGUUUGACGUGCUACAGCAAACUUUCAAUGAUUCACUCAUUGUUCUGCAUUAAUGGGUUAUGAUUAUUGACAACUUAGAACUUAGCAUUUACGUUCUAUGUUACCUUAAUUAUGCAGAUGACACAGAUUUACAUAAC